CGUCCGCAGCACCUCCACUCUGCAGCAGCCCUCAUUAAAAUUCCCUCCUCGUACGCGCGCCGCUCGGUCCUCCCUCACUCCGUGGGUGGCACCGGCGCGACCAAAACCCCGACGGCCGGCUGCGUGGAGGGCGGAGAGAGAAGCUGCAUCGCGUCAGAGCCGACGGAGACGAAAGGCGGGAGCAGGAGUUUCGGCAGGACUCCUCGGAGCCUAACGAGCACGGUGGUGGCAUCUCCUUGCGCAGCGCAUCCAGCGGCUGGACACGAGCAGGUGCGACACACUGCUCCCUUGCGGGAUUCCUCCGGAGACUGGUGGUUCCCCCCUGGCGACAUGUGCUCCUCGACGCGGUGAAGUGUGGCUCCCUCUCCGGCGUCCUGGUCGCAUUGGUCUCGGAUACGCCGACGUUACCACGCUGUCAUAGAGAACCAUGAGCACUGUGGAGGAGGACCCGGAUCACAUGAUAUCAUGAAGACAAGCCUGCAGGUCCUGCGCUGCCAGCUGCUGAGUGUUUUUGCCCUUCUAGCACUACCAGUAGGACUGGUGUCAUCAGCACAGGAGCUGUACCUCCACCAUACGUCCCAGGACUCUGUCACCAUGGCAACUAGCAGCAGCAGCAAUGUCCUGUCUGCCGCUGAGCCUCUCCACCCUGACUGGCACAGGGAAGGCUCCAGCAGCGGGGAGUGGUCUCCCAGAAGAAGCCCUGGACCCACAAACAUCGUCCACUCCUCAUCCUGGCUUCACACCACUCAAUCCUCCAGACGGGCCGCAGUAGAACCUCUCGCUUAUGACCUGGUUACUGUUGUCCCCAACACUGUGACUCCCACCAGGCACAAAUUGGGAAGGAGUCUAGAGGACAAGGAAGAGGCUGCAAGAGAGGCUCUUAAGUCCCUCAGGGAGCAUGCUCAGGGACACCACGCCAUCACCCUGAGGGAAGUGCAUGCCGACAUGAGCGAGCCCCCCACAGAUGAGCUGGUGGUGGCCCCAAAGGCAGAGUCGGUGGCUCCUGUCGAGAAUCUAUCAGAGAAUCAAACCUCCACAGCGCCCACCUCCGCUCUCUCCACAGAAAUCCAUCCUACGCUGAGCCCAACCAACCACACGACGACCAAUGACACUGCCGGGGUCACGCUCCCAUCCCCCCGCUCAAACGCCACAGACAAUGACCCUGUGGGACCUUGGCUGGUGACAGCACACGUGGGGGCGCCAUCCAACAGCAGCAGCGGCCGCAACGAGACACUCGCUCAGGAAAGCAGCCACUCAGAGCCUCCAUCCACAGACAGUGGCAGCUUUCUGAACAGGCAGGUCCCCGCCACCACAAAGGACCCCUGGACUGCUGACAACAGCUCGGGGCCCACUGUGGACUCACCACCAUCCCGCGUGACCAUCUGCUUGAGUCGGAUGGACAUCGUGUGGAUUGUGCUGGCCAUUAGCGUGCCUGUAUCAACGUGCUCCGUGCUGCUGACCAUGUGCUGCAUGAGGAGGAGGAAGAAGUCGUCAGGUCAGGAGAACAACCUGAGCUACUGGAACAACGCCAUCACCAUGGACUACUUCAGCAGGCACGCCGUGGAGCUGCCCAGAGAGAUUCACACUCUGGAGAGCGAGGAGAGGGGGGCCAAGGCUGGAUCAUGUGUAGGAUGCCCCUGGUGACACCCAGGUGUUGUUUGUUUGGAGCACGACAGCUGCCUGCCGCCUAACGGGGACUACAGCGGCAGCAGCGUGGUGCUGGUGAACCCCUUCUGCCAAGAGACACUCUUCAUCAACAGAGACAAGGCGUCUGCCAUCUAGAGACAAUGCCGUCUUAUUUUGUACAACGCUGUACAUGGUGAGAGUGGUGAUGUAUACAAUCACUCUUUACUAUGACGAUGCACCUGCAUAUUUUUCUGAUGUACAUUUUCUACAAAAUUAUUCAUUGUGAUAAAAAAAAAACCCAACUUUUUAUGUCUUUAUAAACACACACGUGUGGUUUCGUUUAUUUACUGUGGCCUCACAGGAGAAACAAGCUAUGAGAAAGUGCUGUUUUAUUAUGAAGAUAAAUAAUCAAGCUGAAAUGACGUAUAGCCUGUUCAACUUGAAUAUAAUGCCUGCUUGUUUUAUUUUCUCGGAGGGGGGGGGGUGACACAAGUUUCCAGGAAGUGGUCACACGAUCAGUCAUAUUUAAUUGCUUUAAAUCAACAUUUUACUCAGCAAUAUGUUAUUUUGCAUAAAGACCAAUUGCUCAUAUUUUUCUGGAAUACACACCACCUGUAUUAUUUAUUCACCAUCAUGACCAGUUAUAAUACUGUAUGCCUGCACCACCUCCAGCAUAAUCUGUUGAAUAUUAUAAAGCGAUAAUAGGAGCGUUCGUGAAUGGCUUUAAAUCAUGGGUUAUGAUGCUUCAUUCUAGUGUCAAUCAAAGACAAGUGGCUGCAAACGUCACUCCCCCUCAUGUGUCACCAGCUUCUCAGAAGACGAACUACGCUGAUGUCUUCAUAAUUCCUCAGUGGUUGUCAUCCUUUGUAUGUCGUGCGUGCGUGUGUGUGUGUGUGUGUGUGUGUGUGUGUGUGUGUGCGUGUGCGCGCACUGUCUUCUUCCCCAAACGUCUUCACCUUGUCCUCCAUGCUCGUGUUGAUUUGUGCCUCUCUGUGUGUGUGUGUGUGUGUCUUGUCACUCGUAUGUGUCGUGCCCAGUAUGAGAUUUGCUUCAGCGCUUUAGCACUUCAACCACAUCCUUCAGGAACAUUCUCCAAUUGCUGAUUGAUGAAUCACACUGCUCCAUACAACCUGUGGCCAAACCUUCAUUGUAUGAGCACAUGUAAGGAGUGGUUUGUUUUGGAAAAAUGCAUUUGAAUUUGAACAUUUUGAGUGCAUUUUGUUUAAUGAGCUGUCCUUUGUUUUAUGUUGCGUUGCUGCGGCUUCCACUUAGUAUUUAAUGCUGCCAAUUGUCGCUUCGAAAUGAUCCCGAGUGUGUUCAGUCAUAGAAUGAAAAGACGACGCUUAACAACGUGGAUGUUGAUAUUUUUCCUGCAUUGGCUACUCGCAGCCCAGCUUGUUGUUUUGCACAGUGGAGCAAAGUGUUCAACAUGAUGUAUUUUUUGUACUGUACUAUAUACACUGUACUUUUUACUGCUGGACAAUAAAACAAUGAAAAAUUA